AUGCACUUCACACAAGCUUUCUCUCUCCUCGCUAUCGCUUUGGCGAUCCCAGGUUUCGCGUCUCCGGCUAAGCGGCAGGGACCACCAGGGUCAACAGUUACCUUGGAGAGCCCUGGAAGCAUCACCGCUCCUGCAAAUGGCACCAGCGUAACUGCAGGCCAGUCGUUUACAUUCGGUGUAGCAGUUCCCGAGUUCGGCCACUGUCAUCCAGGCUAUACGCCCGUGAACGUCUACAUCCUGGCCAGUCAGCCGACUACAUCCGACUUGAACUCGACCUACGGGUUCAGCAACUACUUGUACUACUUCGGGGACUAUUUGGUCAAUAACUUCCCAGGAGGACUCCCGAAUAUGGGUACGCCGCCGCCGUCCACCUUGACGACGCCGGACCUCGGGGAAUCGUACUCUGGACAAACGGUAUAUUUGGCUACCAUUGAAACUAUCGAAGGCUGCCCGCCCGACGGUUUCUGGGAGUACGCGGUUGACUCCACUGCGCUUUCUUACACCGAGUAAAUGGUCGUUGUGGCUCUACGGAACGAGACGGGGUGGGAUGAUGCUUGGUAUUCGUAAUUAGUAAAACUUGGAGACUUGAUGUAUAACAACACUAUGUUUCUCUGUUC